AUGGAAGUCCACAUGGAACGGCUGAACUCACUUGCCGAAGAGUUCAGAUGCUCACUCAAAGAACAUCACGAAGAAUCAUUCGAAAACACCACGAAUCAAGACAUGCGACGCGAAAUCUACGACAUGCAAACUUUACGAGACGUCACAAAUAACAUGAUCAACAUGAAUCGAUUGCGAAUGUUUAUUGAGGGAAUGGAGGAACUCGAAAGUGUCCUAAUAUUUAUCGGCUACCCUGGUGCAAGAAGUAUCAUGUCAAAUGUCUGGGGCGCAGUCAAAUUCCUGCUCAAGACAACAAACACGACUGAUAGGGCAUUUGACGGAGUACUCGACGUAUACGGGCUUCUAGGAGCCCAGUUGAUGCCCUUGACACGUUACAGAGAGCUCUUUAAGAAAUACCCAAGUGCCGUCGAAUGCUUGGUAAAUAUUUACGAAGACAUCCAACGUUUCCAUUCUCUUGCCUACAAACUCUUCUCCCUCACUGCAAAAUUAUGGCAACGCCUUCAAAAGCCCAUCUGGGAGGACUCCGCUCGAAGGUUCAAAAGGAUCUCCGAGUCCCUUAGAAAUACUGCCAAAAUCAUUAAAGCACAAAGCACCCGCUCACAAGAUAUGUAUCCAGAUUCUCAUGGUAUUCUUUCUGAGUUGGAACAAUAUUGCUAUGGCUGGAAACAAGAAUGGAGGACCUUCGAAAACGAUGAAGACAUCCGAAAACACGAGCAAAGGCAAGAAGUCAUCACGUGGAUUUCAGCUUCGGGUAAGAUGCCCAGGUUACAACAGAGUUUCAGAGACAUGGCCAUCUGCCCUAAAAGUGGACGCUGGCUCUUUAGGAAGUACAGCGCGGUGUCGGACUGGAUGGGAGAAGACGACCCUCCAGAUUCAGCUAUCUGGCUGCAUGAAAAGGUCGGAUACGGAAAGUCAGUCUUGGCGUCGCUUGUGGUUCAGGAACUACAAGAUCCAGAAACACACUUUGAAAUGCCGAGCGGGAGCAAAACCUGCUAUUUCUACUGCCAAGAAGAUGACAACGAACACAGGAACCAUCUCGACAUCGUCAAAGGUAUACUCUUACAAAUGGUCGAGUCAGAUGAUUACAUCCUUCCACUCUGCCACCAAGAGAAGAAUACCAGCGGAGGGGCCAAUCUUCUCGACGCAGGUGUUGCCCAAAAGCUCAUCAAGACAUUUAUCGAGUACAGUCCCAGGCAUUAUAUCGUUAUCGAUGGACUAGAUGAAUGCGACGGUGCCGAGAUCCAUCAAACCGCCCGAUUUUUCAAAGAUCUGGUGUCUGUUUAUGACACGCAAGUGCGACUGGGCCAUUUAAGAGUCAUGUUUAUCGGAAGGGAGACGUCGGAUACCAGAAAGUUCAUACCUGGCGAUGAUUGUCUUAGUGUUCCGCUAAAGCCGGAUGAUAACCAUGACGACAUUCGAGCAUUUGUGCAGAAGAGAAUACCUGAGUUCUCCAAUUCGGAGUACAGUCAAGGCUUCAGUCUGUCUGAUGCUAUCAAGGAGGACAUUGAGAGGAUUGUUUGCCAUCAAAGUCAAGACUCAUUCCUCUACGCCCACCUUGCCAUUGAGUUUCUUUUACAGCAAGACACGAGAAGAGACUUACUAGAUAUUUUGGAACAAGGGAUUCUUCCCACCGAACUCGGCGACAUGUACGAAAAGUUACUCGAAGCAGUCAAACGGAGACUUCAGUCUCAACGUGGAGGAGAGGCAAAAUGGCAGAGAUCAAAGUCCCUCUUUGGAUGGCUUGUUUGCGCAAAACGGCCACUCAAGUGGCAUGAAAUUCAAGCUAUCUUGUGUUUUGAUGAACGAGAGCUCAAAGUCGAUUUUGAAGAUAAGAUGAUGAGAAAGGAUGUCGAGACGUACCUCGGAUCCAUUAUUCAUGUGCUUGACGGUGACAAUAUCCGUCUGAUUCACUCAAGCGCACGACACCAUAUCAUCGAGAACAAAUACAUCCAAGAGAAUAUAGUUCAGUGUCAGCUAGCAACUACUUGUCUGAGAUAUCUCACGCUAUCUUGUUUCGGAAACGACUACAUCUCAACACAGCGGAGUGAACAUGCGACAGGCGGCUGGUUCGCUUUCCAAGACUAUGCCUGCUCUCAAUGGCUGUAUCACAUCGACACAGUCAUCAGGGAAUGCAGCGACCUCUUCCAGAGUCCCUGCCAAGUGACAAUGGACUUCGUAUCAGCUCUGGAGCACUUUAUCAACACCCACCGAUCAGAGAUCACCACGUCCGAACAUGCUGACUUGGGAGACGGCGUCAUUUCCAAAUUUCGACACUUGGACUUUUACGACGAUCUCCGUCUUGUCUGGAACCACAUCUACACCCACCAACGCGGCGACUACGCAACACGAAACAAGAUUGGCAUUGCUCAAAUUGAAACAGCUCUUAAGGAUAACAGAACUGAGUUGGAGAGAUUCCUACCUGACCAGCGCUUAGGAGAAGAGGAUACUGUCAAGCACUACUACGGUGGUAACCUUUUCAAGUGUCGUCGGACAUUAUGCCGCUUCUUUUAUAUCGGCUAUGACAAGAAGGCGGCUCGUGAUACUCACGAAAAACGCCACGAGAGGCCGUUUCAAUGUUUCUUAUCCUGCAGCUCGGCGCCACUCGGCUUUGUGAGCAACAAGGACCGUGACAGACAUAUCAACAUCUAUCAUCCGAACCACAGCGAAGGCAGCUCCCACUUUGAAGUUUUGAGUCGACGGCAGGUUCCGGGAAAGUUUACUUGUAAUAUCUGCAGCAAGAGCUUUACGAGAAAUAUCAAUCUCAAGAGCCAUGAGAGGAGUCAUUUCGGGGAUAGGCCUUUUGCUUGUUCAACUUGUGGGAGGGCGUUUGCUCGGGUUAACGAUUGUCGAAGACAUGAGAAGAUUCAUGCAAGUAAAGGUUACUGA